GGGAAGCCAGCUAGUGAGUGGCGGCGGCGGCGGCGGCAGCGGCGGUGGCAGUUCUUGGCGAGGGCGACGGCUCCGAGGCCGAGUGGCAGUCCGGCGGGGACCUCGGUGCCCUCCACCGCCUGAUCCUCUUGCCUUUGUACUUUUCCCACAUUUGAAGAUGGUGAAGCUGGAUAUUCAUACUCUGGCCCAUCACCUUAAGCAGGAACGCUUGUAUGUAAACUCUGAGAAACAGCUCAUUCAGAGGCUCAAUGCAGAUGUGCUUAAGACAGCUGAGAAGUUGUAUCGUACAGCAUGGAUUGCUAAGCAACAGAGAAUUAAUUUGGAUCGGCUUAUCAUAACCAGUGCUGAAGCUUCUCCUGCUGAAUGUUGCCAACAUGCCAAGAUUUUGGAAGAUACACAGUUUGUUGAUGGAUAUAAGCAUUUGGGGUUUCAGGAGACUGCUUAUGGAGAAUUCUUGAGUCGAUUAAGGGAAAAUCCUCGUCUUAUUGCCUCCUCUUUGGUUGCUGGAGAGAAACUUAAUCAGGAGAACACACAAAGUGUUAUUUACACAGUUUUUACCUCCCUCUAUGGCAACUGCAUUAUGCAAGAAGAUGAAAGCUACCUCCUUCAGGUUUUGAGAUACUUGAUUGAAUUUGAACUUAAAGAAAGUGACAACCCCAGGCGACUUUUGAGGAGAGGAACUUGUGCCUUCAGCAUCUUAUUCAAACUUUUUUCUGAAGGACUGUUUUCUGCCAAACUUUUCCUCACAGCUACUUUACAUGAGCCAAUCAUGCAACUGCUUGUUGAAGAUGAAGAUCACCUGGAAACAGAUCCAAACAAGCUAAUUGAGAGGUUCUCCCCAUCUCAGCAGGAAAAACUCUUCGGGGAGAAAGGCUCAGAUAGAUUCAGGCAAAAGGUCCAAGAGAUGGUGGAUUCCAACGAGGCCAAACUGGUGGCCUUGGUGAACAAAUUCAUUGGUUAUCUCAAACAGAACACGUACUGCUUCCCACACAGUUUGAGGUGGAUUGUGUCACAGAUGUACAAAACCCUCUCCUGUGUAGACAGACUGGAAGUUGGGGAGGUCAGGGCAAUGUGUACUGAUCUCCUAUUGGCUUGCUUCAUUUGUCCCGCAGUUGUCAAUCCAGAACAGUAUGGAAUAAUUUCUGAUGCUCCUAUUAAUGAGGUGGCAAGAUUUAAUCUGAUGCAGGUCGGCCGCCUCUUACAGCAGUUAGCAAUGACUGGGUCUGAAGAGGGAGAUCCCCGGACAAAGAGCAGCCUUGGAAAAUUUGACAAAAGCUGUGUUGCCGCUUUCCUUGAUGUUGUGAUUGGGGGCCGUGCAGUGGAGACGCCGCCAAUGUCCUCCGUUAAUCUUCUGGAAGGGUUGAGCAGAACUGUGGUUUAUAUCACCUACAGUCAGCUUAUUACUCUGGUGAAUUUUAUGAAGAGUGUGAUGUCUGGAGAUCAACUGAGAGAAGAUAGAAUGGCUCUUGACAAUUUAUUGGCAAACCUCCCGCAGGCAAAGCCAGGCAAAAGCAGCAGUUUGGAGAUGACUCCCUACAAUACUCCUCAGCUGUCUCCAGCAACCACUCCAGCAAAUAAAAAGAACCGAUUGCCGAUAGCAACUCGGAGCAGAAAUCGCACCAAUGUGCUAAUGGACUUACAUAUGGACCAUGAAGGAUCGUCUCAAGAAACCAUCCAGGAGGUACAGCCAGAAGAGGUGUUGGUCAUUUCCUUAGGGACGGGUCCCCAGCUAACUCCAGGGAUGAUGUCAGAAAAUGAGGUCCUAAACAUGCAACUUUCGGAUGGAGGACAAGGAGAUGUCCCUGUUGAUGAAAACAAACUCCACGGUAAACCUGAUAAAACCUUGCGCUUUUCCCUCUGCAGUGAUAAUCUGGAAGGAAUAUCUGAAGGUCCUUCAAAUCGCUCUAAUUCAGUAUCCUCUCUAGACCUGGAAGGAGAGUCUGUAUCAGAACUUGGAGCGGGACCUUCUGGGAGUAAUGGAGUUGAAGCUCUACAACUCUUAGAGCAUGAGCAAGCUACAACACAAGAUAAUCUCGACGAUAAGCUAAGGAAGUUUGAAAUUCGUGACAUGAUGGGACUGACAGAUGAUAGGGACAUAUCAGAAACAGUGAGUGAGACCUGGAGUACAGAUGUCUUGGGAAGUGACUUUGACCCCAACAUUGAUGAAGAUCGCUUGCAGGAAAUUGCGGGUGCAGCAGCAGAGAACAUGUUAGGCAGUUUACUGUGCCUGCCAGGUUCAGGGUCAGUACUGCUUGACCCCUGCACUGGUUCUACCAUAUCAGAGACGACAAGCGAAGCUUGGAGUGUAGAGGUAUUGCCAAGUGACUCAGAGGCCCCAGAUCUAAAGCAGGAGGAGCGCCUGCAGGAACUGGAGAGCUGUUCUGGACUGGGUAGCACAUCUGAUGAUACGGAUGUCAGGGAGGUCAGUUCCCGCCCCAGCACUCCAGGCCUCAGUGUUGUGUCGGGCAUAAGUGCAACCUCUGAGGAUAUUCCUAAUAAGAUUGAAGACCUGAGAUCUGAGUGCAGCUCUGAUUUUGGAGGUAAAGAUUCUGUCACUAGUCCAGACAUGGAUGAAAUAACUCAUGGUGCCCACCAGCUGACCUCUCCUCCUUCGCAGUCUGAGUCUCUGCUUGCCAUGUUUGAUCCACUGUCUUCACAUGAAGGGGCCUCUGCUGUGGUAAGGCCAAAGGUUCACUAUGCCAGGCCAUCGCAUCCACCACCAGAUCCCCCAAUCCUGGAAGGAGCUGUGGGAGGACAUGAGGCCAGGUUGCCGAACUUUGGUUCCCAUGUUUUAACUCCGGCUGAAAUGGAGGCCUUCAGGCAAAGGCAUUCUUACCCUGAGAGAUUAGUUCGCAGCAGGAGCUCUGAUAUAGUGUCUUCUGUCCGGCGACCCAUGAGUGACCCCAGCUGGAAUCGACGUCCAGGGAAUGAAGAGCGAGAACUCCCUCCAGCCGCAGCCAUUGGUGCUACUUCUUUGAUGGCUGCACCUCAUUCAUCAUCUUCAUCCCCGAGUAAGGACUCCUCAAGAGGAGAGACUGAAGAACGCAAAGAUAGCGAUGAUGAGAAAUCAGACAGGAACAGACCUUGGUGGAGAAAACGUUUUGUUUCUGCCAUGCCGAAAGCUCCUAUACCAUUUAGAAAGAAAGAAAAACAAGAAAAAGACAAAGAUGAUCUGGGGCCUGACAGAUUCUCAACACUCACAGAUGAUCCCAGCCCUAGACUCAGUGCGCAAGCUCAGGUCGCUGAGGAUAUUCUGGACAAAUACAGAAAUGCCAUUAAACGAACCAGCCCCAGUGACGGAGCGAUGGCAAACUAUGAAAGUGCAGAGGUUCUGGGUGAUGGUGAAAGUGCACAUGAUUCUCCUCGUGACGAAACGCUGCAGAACAUCUCGGCUGACGACCUCCCAGACUCCGCGAGCCAAGCGGCCCACCCUCAGGACUCCGCUUUCUCUUACAGAGACGCGAAAAAGAAACUGAGGCUUGCCCUUUGCUCUGCGGAUUCUGUCGCUUUCCCAGUGCUAACCCAUUCAACCAGGAACGGUUUACCUGAUCAUACCGAUCCAGAAGAUAAUGAAAUUGUAUGCUUCUUAAAAGUUCAAAUAGCUGAAGCAAUUAAUUUACAAGACAAGAAUUUAAUGGCUCAACUUCAAGAGACAAUGCGUUGUGUGUGCCGCUUUGAUAAUAGGACUUGUAGGAAACUGCUGGCUUCAAUUGCCGAGGACUACAGGAAAAGGGCCCCCUAUAUUGCUUAUCUCACUCGCUGUCGACAAGGACUACAGACCACACAGGCUCACCUGGAAAGGCUACUGCAAAGGGUUUUGCGGGACAAAGAGGUGGCCAAUCGGUACUUUACCACUGUCUGUGUGAGGCUGCUGCUGGAGAGCAAAGAGAAGAAGAUCAGGGAGUUCAUUCAAGACUUUCAGAAACUCACAGCAGCUGAUGAUAAAACUGCUCAGGUAGAAGAUUUUCUGCAGUUCCUUUAUGGUGCGAUGGCCCAGGAUGUCAUAUGGCAAAAUGCGAGUGAGGAGCAGCUUCAGGAUGCUCAGCUGGCCAUUGAACGAAGUGUGAUGAAUCGGAUUUUCAAGCUUGCCUUCUACCCUAACCAGGAUGGGGACAUACUUCGUGACCAGGUUCUUCAUGAACAUAUUCAGAGACUGUCGAAAGUAGUGACUGCCAAUCACAGAGCUCUUCAGAUUCCAGAGGUUUAUCUUCGGGAGGCGCCGUGGCCAUCUGCACAGUCAGAAAUCAGGACAAUAAGUGCUUAUAAGACACCCCGGGACAAAGUGCAGUGCAUCCUGAGAAUGUGCUCCACGAUCAUGAACCUCCUGAGCCUGGCCAACGAGGACUCCGUCCCUGGCGCAGAUGACUUUGUCCCAGUUUUGGUGUUUGUGUUGAUCAAGGCUAAUCCACCCUGCUUGCUGUCCACUGUUCAGUACAUCAGUAGCUUUUACGCCAGCUGUCUGUCUGGAGAGGAGUCCUAUUGGUGGAUGCAGUUCACAGCAGCAGUGGAGUUCAUCAAAACUAUCGACGACCGCAAGUGACCAUGACCAGGGCCCAGCAAGGCAGCAGACUGUGAGGCGGCCAGCAGAGCUCUUAAACAAUGUGCCAGCUGCUUUGAAGGCUGAAGAUGGUUUUUGUAUAAUAUUGUACAGCAGUCAGACAUUUUAAAACAGAUCUUUACUAAACAGAUUAAUGAGCUAACAAGCAGGUUCUCUUUUCUUUGGGCUCUUUUCCUUUCUGAGUUGCAUAUUUGUUAUUUUCUUGUCCCCAAGUAGAGAAUAGUACUGCACAAAGGGACCACAUUUUUAAGGUAUUUUGAAAUAUUAAAAAACAAAAGAAAAUCUAGAAAAUUCCUAGAUCUCCAUUCUUGGAUACCCAUCCUUUCCUUUUAUUUUAAAAGAAGAACAGUACACCUCUUUUAAGAUGCUGUCUAAUCUUAUAUGCAUCUAAUGGAAGGAAAAUAGCAGUUGCACUGAGGAUUAUAAUAGUGGUGACGUUAGUGGCAUUAUCUAUAAAUACACUCAUCUAAAUUGAAAAGCUAAGAAGGAAAUGUAAAUAUAAUAUAUAUUUAUAUUUGAUGUAAUAUGGACAUCUUCAGAUUCUAAUAAACAAGGAAUAUUGCUGAUAGUAGGUUGUGACGUACCCUCUUGUAAAAUGGUUUCCUUGACAAAAUUUAAGCUGAGCUUAAAAGCAAAAAACAAGCAAAUACACAGAAAUAUUUAUUAAAGUGUCAUACAGUUUAUCGAACUGUGUAGGUGCGGAGUUUGGUGCACAGGGCUGCCUUCGAUGAGGGGUCUGAAGACGCGCAGUCACUGAGGCAUCUCACCGUGGAUGGCUCCGGACCUGCCGCGGGAGACAGACCUGAUCGCCAUCCAGUAGAUCUCUGAUACGUUCUUAUGGUACUUCCCAUUUGAAAUACUAAAUAUAGUGUAGAAACCCCAAACAGAACUCCUUACAAACCUUUAAUUGUAAUAUAUUUUUGAUGAUUAUUCACAUUGAAUGCACAGACCAGGAAUUCAGUGAAUGUCAUUUUUUUUAAAACUAAUUUGUAUUGUCUGCUCUAGUGAUACGAGUUUUACUAGUGAUAAACUAUUUUAAUCAACCAUUCUCUUAUGGAAAAAAAUCUAUUUUGGCAGGUUUCUGUGCCUUUAUUUCCCUCUUCUGAACAAAAAUCUGUCUUUCAGUAUUUUGGUUUGAUUGUAUAUUGAUAAUUAAUCAGGACUGGGUUUUGGUGUGUGAGAAAUUGGCCAAGGAGGCACACCAAAGCGUCAAGCACAAGUCUUGUACAUAGGUCGUCACUGACUGGUUUCACUUUGUAUGUUUCUUAAAAAUGUUUAACUUCUUUUAUAACAAACUUGGUCCCAUACUUUGAGUCCCUUCUUGCUGACAGCACUUCCAGGCAUUUUUAAGGGAACUGUGACAAACAGCCUUGAGCAGAUGAGUACAGAGGCAGUCUUCUCCCUCUCUCCAAGAUGUCUGUGUUUCCUUGUGCCUAAAGAAGCUCGAUUUUCUUUAUGCCUCCGCCUCUUCUCAUUCAUUGAUUUUAAAAUACCGAAAUAAGUUGCAUAGGAGUGUGGGAUGUGGUUUCUGCCUUUUAAGGAGAGAUUUAAAUUAAACUAGUGCUACAAAAUGUCCUUUUGAACAUCAGAUCAAGAAAUCUGUGUUCAGAGCCAUGUGCUUCAUGGGCUGUAACUGUCAAACUCGCCUAGGUGUUAGAAGUCAAAUCCCGUUAUGAAUACUUUACGAGACAAACUGUCUAACACGGUUCUAAGACCUAGAGGGAGUCCAUUUACUUCAGCAUCUGAUUCAAUAAAUGUUAAGUCAAUAGAAGACUUGGAAUGGUUGAGAUCCCUUGUUAAGGGAUUUAACUUACAAGUCAGUGAGACUUUUUUUCUCCACAGUGGUUGCUAAAUCUUCCAUGUUAUCACUAUGGAAAUAAAUACGAAGAUGCAGGCACUGCAGAGGGCUCUUUUCUGUGGAGGGGAAGGUGGUGAGUUUGGGGUGUAGGGCUACGCUGGAGGCAGGAGAGAGCGUUCUUCAGUGCUUGAGCCAGUGGUGAGGGUGGAAGCCCAGGGAUUGGCAUCAGAGUGAAACCUCUGAGACGGAGGCGAGUGCUCGCGUCUUGACUCGGGUGCUGCCGGGGAAGCACAGCCCAGCUAUUGCCCUCUGGAAACCCUGUCAGGAGCAGGGACUUCUGCAGUAGCCAUUGCUGGCUUGACUCCAUAACAGGAUUUAUUAUAGUGCUGAGUUCUGAGUUUAGGAAUUGGUAACCGUCUGCCUGGAAGCUCUGGGGUGGGAGAUAGGGAGUAAUUUGAUUUUGCUCUUUCAGGAAAGAGGAACAGUUGUUCUUUGGAUAUUUCUUACUACGCUUCCUUCCAGUACUUAUUUUACAUGAAGGAUCAGCAUUAAAGUACAAAAUCACCCGUAGGAAGCAUUCGGCAGCCACCGAUUAUUACAUGGACUUUACAAAGAUAAUGUUAAGUGGGGAGAUAGUGGCUUAGUUCACUGAAAUCUUGUAGUAUUAACUUCUGUAAUGAAAAAUCCGUUUGUAUUUGGUAUGAAUAGUCUGAUUCGGAGACAGUUAAGUAAUAGAAAUACAGAUUGAAGAUCAUCUUGUAAAAUUAUUAAAAGGCUGGUAAAUGUUUAGUUUUUUUCCUCCACUUUAGGUCAAAUCUCAGCCACAGUUACUGCUUUCUUCUACUUUUUCUUUUUAAAAACCUGCUUAUGAAAUCCUUUUUUCUACAGAUAUGUGUUAAAUCGCUACAGUAAGAGAAUUAGGCUUCGUGAGGGAUGGAGAUGGAUGUGAUGCACGUUUUUUCUUUGCCCGUCGUGUCCUGGAAGCCUGUUUAAUGUAGGCUGUCACUGUGUGUGUUCCUGAGGUGCAUAAGCAGGAGAGCCGGCCCACGCAGGAAGGGGCUGUGUUCCUGCCAUGAGACUGCAGCUGACCGUGCCAAUCCGGCCCCGCUUCCUGUUGCCUGCCAUGGGAAUUCAUUCCAGUUUGGGCCAAGUAAAUGUCAACUAGAUGUUUUAAAUGGACGAGGUUUUAAAAAUUCCUUUCUCUGAUGCGAUUGGGUAUAAAAAAGGAAAAUAGGAGCACACUUGCUCAAAAUUAUUAGUGGAUUGCAUAAAAUGAUAGACAAGCAGUGGAGUUGGCUUCCUCCAUUGUGUGCCCUACGCCUUCUCUCCCUGCCUCCCCGUUUCUGCUUUAUUUCUUUAGGGAAAAGUCUAUAUUGGCCCUCUUUUUUUUUUUUUUUUUUUUAAGUCUAAUGAGUUUAUUCUAUAUGUAAUUGCCGUAAUCUGGGGGGCAAAAAUCAGAAACAAUCUUCUUGAAGCUCAAAGAAUUUUUAGUAAGUAGAUUAACAGUGAUGAGAUAUUUGAGAUAUUUCGAAUGCCAAAAUGCUUGAGAACUUUGCCAGAUUAAUAAUUACUUAAUGUAUUUUAGAAUGUAGGUUACCCAAGAAGUAGGAGGACCAGGAAUAGCUUUAUUAGUCUUGAGAACACUUGGAGAAAGGAAGAUUCAGUUUGUUUCAGUGUCCAAGUUGGUGUGUCGAGCCAUGGAGUCACCAUGGAGCGCUGUGUCCCACAUGCCUGUGCUCAGCAAAGGUUAAAUUCACGAGAGACCAAGUCCUCUCCGCUUGAUGAGUGGCAGACAGUGUGGGCAGGGGCCACACGCCUUAAGAAUUCACCUCUGCUGAGUUGAUAUUGUCUUGUCAACCGUAUUCUUCUUGUGCUUCACCUGUAUUAAAAAGCUUUGUACUGCCUCUCCUCUUGAAACUGGUAAAACCUUAUAUAAGCCUCAGUUAACGAGCUUGCACAAUCUUGUAUAUGUACAGGAAACCCAUCCUGUCUCCUAAUGUGAUUACUAAUGUAUGAUGCCAUUCUGUAAACCUGAUUAAAAAGGGAGAGCAGUUGAAUUCA